AUGGCGCGCGAGAUCUUCGUCAACCCCAGUGAGAAACAGGAAGAGAUCUACACGACAGUCACUGAGUGGCACUCAAACCAAGCCCCGGAAUUCAUUGGCACUGCAAGCCACGUCGCUCAGCCUGUCGCAUCCCAUCGCCGUCCCGUCAAAUCGCCCAGCGCCACAACCGAUUAUGCAGGAUUCGGUCUCAUGGAAGAAGAUCCUAUCCAGUCUUCCUCCGAGCCCGCGGAAUCAUCUCGGGUGGGGGAUACGAGCCUCGCUGAUGAAAUAACGAGCCAACUCGACAACAUGUUCCGCAGCUCUUCGGAAAACAAGCCGAAUCCGAUUCGUCCGCCAAAGCCGUCGUCGAUAAAAGAGUUUGAAAAUCAGCAGAAAAGACCAGAAGGACUCGUCAGUAAAAUCAUCAAAAAACUUCAACCAGCUCAUCAAUUUUUCGACAGGAAUCACCAUUUACGGUCUGCUUACGACACGCUCCACCUUUGCUAA